AUGUCACUUCCUAUUGUCCUCGAUUAUUGCGUUAAGGCAGAUCCUAAAUUAACAAGAACAAGUAAGAAAAUACUUGAGGAUGUACUUGAAAAAGUACUUGAUAAUCUUGAAACAAAUCAAUCAUCAUCGAAUGAUCUUAUUGAAUCUGGUGAAGAUGAAGAUGCACUAGCCGAACAUGCCUUGGUGAGUGAUGAGCAACAGUCGUGGUUAAUUAAUUAUUUACCCCCCAGUAUGAUCUUAACUAACAGUUUUCCCAUUAACCAGCCUACUCAAGAGAAUAAUGCUAUGAAUCGAUCUGUUACUAAUUUAUGGAAUUUACAUAAAACUGCAUCAGGAGCAUCAACACCUAUUAAUAAUCCUUCAACGCCUAUUAAUAAUCCUUCAACACCCAUCAAUGAAGAAACACCUGAUGAAACUAACAUUGAGCCAUUACCUAAUAAAUCCAAAAAAAGAACUAAACAUACGAAGGAUUCAUCUUCAAAGCGAUCUAAAAUUUCAGAAACAAGAGAGGCGCCUUUUAUUCCUAGUGCAAAAUUAUCAGAUCUAGGAGGCAUUGAUCAUUGUAUUGAAGAAAUUAUGGAAUUAAUUGCUAUGCCUUUAGCACACCCAGAAGUGUAUAUUCAUACUGGAGUUCAACCACCUCGAGGUGUAUUACUUCAUGGACCUCCUGGUUGUGGUAAAACUAGAUUAGCACACGCUAUUGCUGGUGAAUUAGGGGUUCCAUUUUUUAAUAUCUCUGCUCCUUCUAUUGUAUCAGGUAUGUCAGGUGAAUCAGAAAAAAAGAUUCGUGAAGUGUUUGAAGAAGCCAAGGAAAAUGCGCCUUGUUUACUUUUCAUUGAUGAAAUUGAUGCGAUCACACCUAAAAGAGAAACUGCACAAAGAGAAAUGGAGCGUAGAAUUGUUGCUCAACUAUUAACUUGCAUGGAUGAUUUAUCUUGGGAUAAAUGUGAUAACAAACCAGUUAUGAUUAUUGGCGCAACAAAUCGACCUGAUUCAUUAGAUGCUGCACUUCGUCGAGCUGGUAGAUUCGAUAGAGAAAUUAGUAUGGGCGUACCUGAUGAAAAGGCACGAGAAAAAAUUUUAACGGUUUUAGCAUCAAAGCUUCGUCUUUCUGGUGAUUUUGAUUUUGCUGAACUUGCAAGGGCUACACCAGGAUAUGUGGGAGCUGACCUUCAAGCUUUAGUGACCACUGCAGGUGUUAUUGCUGUGAAGCGUAUUUUUAAGCAUUUGCAAGCGAAUAGAGUAUUGAUGAAUCAGGAUAAUGAGGAGAAAGAAGAGAAAGAGGAGAAGGAGAGUAGUAGUAGUUAUUCAGAAACUAUCAAAGAUGACAAUCAAAUGGAUAUUGAUGAUACCACUUUGACAAAUGAGAUCACUGCUGCUAUUACAAAAGAGACAACGAUUACAGAUGAGCCUAUUCAAACAACAUCUGUUGAAGAAUUUGAAUCGCAAACACCUUUAGAACAAAUUAGAAACAUAUCUGAUUUUAUUAAACAUAAGCAGCCUUUAACAGAAGCACAACUUGAAUCCUUAGCUAUUACUCAUGAAGAUUUCAAACAUGCUCUCAAGAAGGUUCAACCUUCUUCUAAGCGAGAAGGCUUUGCUACUGUACCUGACGUUACAUGGGAUGAUAUUGGUGCACUUCAAUUUGUACGUGAUGAAUUACGUAUGGCUGUUGUUGAGCCGAUCAAUCAUCCCGAAUUCUUUGAACGUGUUGGUAUUACCAAUCCAGCUGGUGUUCUCCUCUGGGGUCCACCAGGUUGUGGUAAGACCUUGUUGGCUAAAGCUGUUGCUAAUGAAAGUAAUACAAAUUUUAUCUCUGUAAAGGGACCUGAAUUAUUAAAUAAAUACGUCGGUGAAAGUGAACGUGGCGUUCGACAAGUUUUUGCACGAGCACGAGCCUCUUCUCCCUGUGUCAUUUUCUUUGAUGAACUUGAUGCACUUUGCUCUCGAAGAGAUGAUCAACAAACAGAUGCCUCAGCACGUGUUGUUAACACACUUUUAACAGAACUUGAUGGUGUUGAGAAUCGUAGUCAAGUCUAUGUGAUUGCUGCUACCAAUAGACCAGAUAUGAUUGAUCCAGCUAUGCUACGUCCCGGAAGACUUGAUAAGUUACUUUAUGUUGAAUUACCAACACCUUCAGAGCGUUUAGAUAUUUUGAAAAAAUUAAGUAAAAAGACACCAUUAGGACCUGAUGUAGACCUUGAAGAAAUUGCAAAUGAUUCACGUUGCGAAGGAUUUUCAGGUGCAGAUCUCGCAUCCCUUGUCCGAGAAAGUGCUGUUGCCUCACUUCGAUCUAACUUUUAUUCAGCAGGCGUAAUUAACAUUGAAGCUAAAGCUGAAGAGAUUUUUGUGACUAAGAAGGACUUUGAUAUGGCAUUUACUAAAGUAUCACCUUCUGUUUUACCUCAAGACAAAAUUGCAUUUGAUAGACUUAGAAAGAAAUAUGGAUAA